AUGGGAGCUGUUACCGAUGAACCCAGUAUCAACCUAGACAAGCAGAUUGACAAGGAAGAGCCGUCGCCUUCAUUGCUGCCAGCAGAGCCUGCCCCAGAAGAGCAUACUCCAGAAGAGCAUACUCCAGAGGCACCCGCUCCUGCUUCGCCAAAGAAGGAAAAUAAGGAGAAAAAGCCUGAAGCGGCUCCCGCAGCUCCCGCAGCUACCAAUGGAAAGCCCAAGGCCAACACCGUUAAGGAGUUGGCUCCUGCAGCAAUCGUAAAGGCUGCCACUCCAAAAAAGACGACUACGACUCGACCCAGUGCCGUUUCGACCAAGGCUACUAGCACCAAACCUCCAGCAAAGUCCUCUUCCGCCACAAAGCCUCCCAGCAGCACCACUCACAAAGCUGAGACUAAGCCAACAGCCAAGACUGCCCCGGCAGCCAAGAAGGAACACAGGCAAGCUUCCGCAACUAGUUCUACAGCCACUCGGCCUACCACGACCACGGCCAGCAAGAAGCCACAGCCAUUGAAGCCUACUACUAGCGACACCGGUUUCGUGAAGCCAAAGCCUAAAUCUCCCACGAAACCUGUGCAUCUUCCUGCAUCUCUUAUGGCGCCAACUGCGGCAUCUGGAGCCAAGACAGGCCGUCAAGCUCAAGCCUCAGCAAGUUCGCAGAAUCUCAACGUUCCUGCUCGACCUGGUAGCCGGGCCAGCGCAACAGGAACCAGUGUCAGCGCUGGGAAGACAGUCAAACGCCAACCCUCAAAUGUCGGUCGCCCACGACCAAGCCUGGGCCCUCCUCCUAAGAAGCCCUCGGAACCAAUUCAUGCCAAGAAGGAAGCACCCGUUGACGAGAGCUUUUUAGCUCGUAUGAUGCGACCAACCCAGGCUUCAUCUUCAAAGACUGCCGAGAAGGUGCCUACCACGCCCCCAAAAAAGACAACGAAACGAUCUUUAUCCUCCGGAGCCGAUCCCUCGCGCCGCGAGUUUGGCGCCAAGACACCAGGAAGUGCUAGGAAACAGAUUAGAAGACCUGCCGAGUCGAAGCCCUCCGCCGGCUCAGUAACUUCAGAUGAGACGCCAACAAUUGAGGUUGUUCCGGAAGAACAGACCCCUGGGCCCACCAAGUCACAGAGCACAACCGAAGAGAUCAAGACAAACAACGCGCAAAAAGACUCGAAGAAGCCCGGACCAGCACUUGCCGCCGCCGAUGAGGUCCACAACGAAGUCGUCGAGCCUAUACAGAAAGAAAGCCAGGCUCAGGAGGCUGUCAAGAUACCAAUUGAGGAGAAGCAGGAGGCGACUCGACCUAUCACCCCCCAGCCUGCCAAGGAAGAGAAGCCUGUCGAAGUUUCUGAUAUCACCACGCCUGAGAAAACAGAGACUGCACCCCAAGAGCCUCCCGCUGGUCAGCCUAACGAGCCUGUUGUCGAUUCCGAGAAGCCUACUGAGAACUCCGAUAUCGUCCCCCUGGUGGAGGAGAGCUCUUCUCAGCCCCCUGUUGCUGUAAAGGAGACAGCUAAGACUUCUGGCAACGAGCUAGGACAAGAGACCGAGCAAGAGGUGGUCCUUCUGCUGGAGAAGGACUCUGAGCCUGCCCUUGAGUCCGAGACGACCGAGAAACAAAACACUGAGAUUGAAACUGCAAGCAAGAAGGAUAAUAUGGGCGACGUCAAGACCACCGACGCCGCUGAAGAGAAGGAUACCACAGGACAUCAGACGGAGGAAGAGAAGAAUUGA